AUGCCCUCGCAAGACUUGGUCUUGACUGCCCUUGCCCAGCUAGCUGUUUUCCAGACGGGCACCGAGAGAGCCUUCAUCUCGCUCUUUGACGUGGAGCAUCAGUACUUCGUCGCCGAGGCAACUAGGACGCUGCUCACUUCGCCAGAUGAUGUCGACCUAGGUCUUUGGAUGGUUGGCACCGCCAUCCCUCGCUCCCAGAGCACGUGCGAGUAUACUCUUCUUGAGUCGGACCGUCUCGACAAAGCACGGGAGCACGCUGCUGUCCCCGACUUGGGCCCAACCCAGUUUGAGCAAUGCGAGAACGAGGGCGAGGCGAACCAGCUGCCGUGCCUCGUGGUCCCAGAUCUCUCCACUGACCCCCGUUUCAAGGCCAAGCCGUACUGCCGGCCUGGAGGCGGCCACCGGUUCUACGCGUCGGUGCCUAUCAGAACGCAGAGGGGCAUCAACAUUGGCGUGCUCUGUGUUGUCAGCCCCGAGCCUGGCCGGAGAUGGAGCGACCAUUACACGAAUCUGAUGCGCAGGCUCUCCAUGGCCAUCAUGGACCAUCUCGAAGCCAACUUUUCAAAGGUGGCAUACCGCCGCAGCGAGCGCAUGAUUCGAGGCCUCGGCUUCUUUGUCGCGGGCAAGGCGACCGAGUCCUCUUGGGCUUCGGUUGCUGGCCGGGAGACGUUUACGGAAACGCCGGAUGCGCUGCUUCUGGCCCGACAGGGUCUCAGGGGAGACGCCGACAACGCCAACGGGGAGCCCGCCUCCGAAGCAACCGCCCGUUCGACGCCCGCCUCGGAACGAUCCCUCUCGCCAGACGGGGAGCGGCUCGAUCGCAAGAAUGAUCGCUCGGGAAAGCCGGCAGCAGAGACGAAAUGGGCUGACAACUUCGUCCCCGGCCCGAACCCCGUCAUCGACACGUUUUCUGAAGCCGCCAUCAUCAUCCGCGAGUCCCUGGAAACGGACGACGCUGACAAGUGGCCAACCUGCCAGGUGCUGGGAUACUCAGCCACGGAGAGCCGCCGCAUGAAGUUUGAGGACGGCUCGCUGCAAAGGAUCAGCAUGCCUCAAAAGUUUCUCGCAAAGCUCCUCCACCGAUACCCCAAGGGGCACAUCUUUAACUUUGGCGUCAACGGAGAGCUGCAGUCGAGCGAUUCGUCCGACGACGACGGCUGGCUGACGGAUCUUACCCAGGAUGCAGCCUCGCCCCUUCAGCCGGAACCACAGCAGCAGCCUCAGGAAGAUGCCUCUCAGACGAAGCGCCAGAGGCGGCCUUGGGCGCGCCACAACGAAGGCAAGAUCAUCCAGCAAGUGUUUCCCAAGGCCAGGAGCGUGGCCUUUGUUCCCGUCUGGGAUCCCAGAAAGCAAAGGUGGUGCGCGGGAGGCUUCGUCUACACCCUGACGCCGACUCGGAUCUUCACCGUGGGAGGAGAGCUCAACUUCCUCCGGGCCGUGAGCAUACUGGCGAUUGCAGAGACGCUCCGCUUGAAGACGUUUGCCGCCAAUCAGGCCAAGUCGGAUGCCCUGAGCUCCCUCUCGCACGAGCUGCGCUCCCCCUUGCACGGGGCCGUCUUGGGUAUCGAGCUCCUACGCGAUACCGAACUGACCGUCUUCCAGGGCAACAUUGCUCACACCAUCGAAAUCUGCUGCCGUACGCUCGUUGACACGGUCGACCACCUCCUCGACUACUCCAAGGUUAAUAGAUUUAUCCAAACGAGACGCCAGGGGGGACAGACGUCGGAGCCCCGUGGGCUGCGACCAGGCACGGCCAGGUCGGUCGAGGAAGGCAUGCUCAGUCUGUACAAACACAUUCGACUGGAUGGCAUCGUCGAGGAAGUCAUGGACGGUGUCUAUGCCGGAUUCAACUUCAUGCACAUGGCCCUGCAGCUCUCCAAGCACAAGAACUCGGCUCAUUCGUCGGACUGGACGGCUAUGCGCCGCCUGGACGCCAUGCAGGCCAUGGAGGAGCUUGGUUCCAACGGCAAGAUUGCGCUGGGAGAGGUGACUGUCUUUCUCGAGAUCGACCACCAGUUCAACUGGAGGUUCUACACGCAGCCGGGCGCCAUCAGACGCAUCGUGAUGAACCUGCUCGGCAACUCUCUCAAGUACACGCAAAGAGGGUCUAUCAAGGUGCACUUGACGCAGUCCAAGCCGAAGCGCAAGUCGUCGGCUGACGCCAUUGUCCACAUUGUCGUUUCCGACACGGGCAAAGGCAUCGGCGAGGACUAUCUUCGCAACGACCUGUUCAAGCCCUUCUCCCAGGAGGACCACCUCGCGCCCGGGACCGGCCUGGGCCUCAGCUUCGUGAAGCAAAUCACCUCGCAGCUCAGAGGACGUGUUACCGUCGACAGCCAGGUCAACGUGGGAACCAUUGUGCGAGUGUCGCUGCCGCUGAUGCAGACAGUGACGCCUCCCGACGGCACCCCUUUGCUCGCCGAGAACGAGGGUGACCUCGACAAGCACGUUGUCGAGGCGUCAGGCCUUCGUGUCCGUCUGAUGGGCUUCGACAUUGGGAAACGGGGCAAGCGGCGCAUGCUGGACGGAAGCUACACGGAGCUGCUUACCGAGGUUGAGCGUAUCUGCCGUGACUGGCUGGGCCUCAACAUCAUCACCGAGGCCGAGGCAAAGGAACAGGAGCCCGAUUGCGUCAUCUGGAUCGAGGACAGGCUCGCCAACUCUCCGCUGGAGAACCUCAUGCAAGGACCUCCCUGCGUCGUCUUGUGCAAGAACACCCUGGUGGCAUACAAGAGUGCAGCGCAGUUUGAGCGCGUCAAGGCGCACAGGAUCUUUGAAUUUGUUGCCCAGCCUCUGGCACCUCGAAAAGUCGCCAAAGCCGUCGCAAUGGCGUUUAAACGCGGCCGCGAAAUGAAGUCGACGCCACUAUCACCAGCCAACCAGCGGCAGGAGUUUCUCCCUGUGGUCCCCGACAUCCUGAGCACGGUGAAGACGCAGCUUCCAACGCCGACGCCGUACGAGCCCGGCCCUGAUUCCGGCCUCGGCCUUGCUGACAAUACGGUGGCAGCUUCUUGUGAGGCGGUGGCAGGGCCCGAGUUCCUGCUCGUCGAGGACAACAGCAUCAACCUCGACAUCCUCUCCAUCUACAUGAAGAAGCUGGGCCGGCCCUACCACACGGCUACCAACGGCGCCGAGGCCCUGAGCGCGUACAAGUCGAACCCCAAGCACUGCAAGUAUAUCUUCAUGGACGUGUCGAUGCCCAUCAUGGACGGAUUCGAAGCUACGCGCCGCAUCCGUGCCUACGAGCGCGACAACCAGAUCAAGCCGGCCAUCAUCUUUGCGCUGACGGGCCUCGCCUCAGAGAGCGCCCAGCAGGAGGCCUUUGGCAGCGGCGUCGACCUGUUUUUGACGAAGCCUGUCAAGCUUAAGGAGCUGGGCAUGAUUCUCCGGUCGAGGGGCUUGCUGCCCGAGGAGCCACUGCUGGUGGUGACCAAGAACGGCACUCACGUUGCCUAA